AUGAGCAAGGAGUUCCACAAGGGCUCCUCGAAUCAUGAGCCACUUUCUUGUGUGGACAUGCACACCGUGGGAAUGCCGACAAGAAUCAUCUUGAGCGGCUACCCAGACAUCUCAGGCACGUUGCUUGAGCAGCGUACACGGGCAAAGCUGCAUCAUGACCACAUACGUACACGCUUGUUGCAGGAGCCUCGAGGGCAUUCGGGCAUGUAUGGGGCAGUGCUUCGACCAGAAACUGAACAUACGAGAUCAGGCGAAGCCCACAUGGGAGUUCUCUAUCUCCAUGGCGAAGGAUAUAGCAACAUGUGUGGACAUGCCACAAUAGCCAUUUGUCGGUUUCUUGUCGAUCUUCAAGACACAGUGUAUUUCCCAAGGCGGCAUGACCUCGUAUAUAACGCCGAAACGAGAAGUGUGCGACUAGUCUUGCAUACUCCGGGAGGGCUUGUGGAGAGCGACGUGCCGACAAGUCAGGAUGGUACUCGAUCAGAUCCGGCUCGUCCCGUGAGCUUCAUCGCUAUUCCGGCUUUCCCACUGGCAACUGACCUUUCGGUCGAUAUCCCAGAACCUUAUCGGUGGCCAGAACUUGGAGACCGCUCGAGUAUCACAUUUUCACUUGCUUGUGCGAGCGCCGUGAGCUGUCAUGUCGACGUAAGCGAACUAGGGUUCCCGUCCCUUAGGGAGGACAUCGACAUCAGUUGCCUCGAUUUCGCAACACGCCAGCUGAAGGCAGCACUGAACAACUCAGAGGUUGUCAAGUCACAAUUGGUGGCCCCAAAUCAUAACGAUGCUUGCGUUUUCGGGGUCAUGAUCGAGGACAAGAACACAGGGUCUCCAGCAGAAGGGACAAAUGGGGCCGAGACGGGCAUGUAUUUCUUUGGUGAUCAACAUCUGGACAGAUCACCUACGGGAAGUGUUGUAGCUGCACGGAAUGCCCUCAAGUAUGCCAGGGGAGAGCUCAAGAUUGGAGAGUCGUGGACAUAUCACUCCAUCUUGACCAACAGGCACGGCAGUGAAUACGGGUUUAUUGGGAAAACCGUCCGUCUGGUAGAAACUGAGGUUAUGGGACAGAACAUGAAGGGUGUCGUGGUUCAAGUUAGUGGUCACGCCUAUUAUUCCGGUAUAAAUACGUAUGUAAUCGAGAAAGAGGAUCUCGUCGGUCAGAAUGGGUUCCUCCUUGAGCAUCUGGAUAGAAAGGAUAGCAACUGA